AUGGCGGAAAAUCUUUUGGCAGCAUUCUCCACUGACAACCUCCUUUCAUUAUAUAUCUUAUUGCAUGCUCUAAUAUCGUGUUUUCUUGGCCUUCCUAUUGCCCCUUGUGCAACGUAUGGCUCUAGUAUUUCCCAUUCUUUGUCACUUAUGUCACUUGGAUACAUUUUUUUGCCUCUUAAUUCUACAUUUGCUUUAGUAUAUUUAUCUUUUCAUUUCUUUUCAAGACAUCUUCUNGGAUUUUUAUUCAAUUUGCACAACUCAAAUAUUUGCCGACUUUUAAAGAAAAUGGAGCCAUUGUUGGCAAAAAAAGUUACCAUAAAAAAGGAUAGAACCUUAACGCCCGAAAGGAUUUUGAAGAUUUUAGCAGAUGUUACAGAACAGCCGAUACAGCGACCAAAAGACAGCAAAAAACGUAAAAAAAGUUACUCUGGCAAAAAGAAAACAACGACCAUAAAAACCGAAAUUAUAAUCGAAGAAAGUGGGCAAAUCUUGUCGGUUUCAAAGUCGCAUCGAGGUCGAAUGCACGAUUUUCGCAUAAGAAAACAGGAGAAAAUGCUGCCAAGAGAUAGUAUAAAACACGCUGAUUCCGGCUAUCAAGGAUGGCAAAAAGUUCAAAGUAAUGUAGUAAUUCCAUAUAAAAGGUACCGGAAGAAACCACUAACGGAAGAGCAAAAGGAGCAUAAUAGAAAGCUGGCGUCGUUCAGGAUGCGAGUGGAAAAUAAAAUUCGAGAGAUCAAAAUAUUCAAAAUUAUAUCAAAUGUUUACCGCAAUUUUCAGAAGAAAUACAACAUGAGAUUCAAUAUUAUUGCUGGUAUUGUGAACCUAAGGCACGGUUUUUAA